AACUGUCUAUUUGUCUGUCUGCAGAGUGAGUGUGUUUGUAAAACUGGUUACAUGGGGAACGGCAUCGAGUGUGAUCUCAUUAACCCGUGCCUCGAGAAAAACGGAGGCUGCCACGAUUUGGCAAAGUGUGAGUUCUCUACGGGGGGAACACACACCUGUACCUGUCCUGAUGGAUACGCUGGAGAUGGAACCCUCUGCUACGGGACGUUACCGGACGAGCUGGAAAUGAAUCCAUUGCUGAUGCAUUUCAAACAACUGAGGCACAGGGACCUCACUGAGGACCUGAGUGGGAACCUCACACUGUUGAUUCCGGUCAGAGGAGCUAUGGUUAACAUGACUACAGCUCAGACAGAUUUCUGGACCAGUCGACACCACCUGCCUCUCUUCAUACGGUCAGUUGCUUCACACACUGAUCACAUACUUGUAGCAGAUACCCCUUUCCCACCGAAGCGGUUCCAGGGCCAGUUUGGAGAACCGAAAACAUCAGGAUUAAUAAACCUGAGCAAAAAUAGUUAA